AUGGUUAAUCGAAAAUGCACAGUGUGUGACAAUCCGCAGGCUCCAAAUUAUCAUUUUGGAGCAAGAGCUUGUAAGGUUAGUUUUUUUUGUUUUUAAUUUAUUGCUGGUAAAAUUGAAUAGAUUCCAAGAUUAUUUUGUGAAAAAAAAAUGUUAUCUCGAAAAAUUCACAAGUCACAAAUUUUUUAUUGGAAAUUGUCUGAUUUCGCGGCAAAAUUUGAGGGAAUUUUUGUGGGAAAUUCAGAAAUUUAUUGAGGAUCAUAAUUUUGUUUGAAAAAUAAUUUUUUUACUGCAAAAUUUAUCUUGACCAAAAAUAAAUUAGAUUAAUUUUACAUUUUCAGAAAAAUAUGAGGAAUUUUUUGUAACUCUGGUUUUUUUGACACAAAAAGUACAGUAUUCCCAUUUGAUCUCAUGAAAUACAGUACUCUCAUCAAGUUAACUUCUAGUGUCAAGUACGAUCCAAAAAUAAAAAAAAACAUGUGAUCUAUUUGAAUUAGAGUGACGUCAUCAUUGUGAGUAUUAUUUUAACAAAUAAAUUUUGAAAUAAAUGAAAAAAAAACAACAAAAAAAUCGAAAAACAAAAAUUAAAACUGUGAAUUCAGGCUUGACUCACAGCAAAUUCAAGCUUAAAAAUACUGAGAUUUCUCGAUUUCUGAAAAUCAUUUUUUUUUAUUCACAAGCUUCAAGGUUGAAAAUACUGAGAUUUCCCGAUUUAUUCACAAAAUCUUGCCGGGUGGGUUCCAGAAAGCCUCCCAAAGGCCUGAGGCCCCAAAAAAUCCCGAAUCAAAAUUCAAAUUUAAAUCCAAAAAACUUACCUUCACCAGUUUCAUGCCCCGCUCCCUUCCCAAAUUCAAAUCCAAAAAUCCCCCCCCCCCCAAAUUCAAAAAGCUUACCUUCCCCAGAUUCCCUCCCCGUUCCCUUCCCAGAUUCAAAUCCAAAACCCCCCCCCUCCCAAAAAAGUUCUAAAGACUUACCUUCCCCAUGCCCUCCCCCGCAUCCCUUCCCAAAAUAAACUAACUUCCAGGCUUGCGCCGCAUUCUUCCGCCGCUCCAUCUCCAUGGAUCAACAAUACGAGUGUCAAGACAAUCCGGCAAACAUCUAUCCAUCAUGCAAUAUUUAUUAUCAAUCCAGAUUCAAUUGUAGACAUUGUCGACUUCUCAAGUGCUUCAAUUCCGGGAUGAGUAAAGAUUGUGAGUGUUUUUGAGAUCUGGAAAAUCAAAAAUUGUUUGAAAAUUGUUUAAAAAUUCCAGUGGUCCAGGCAAAAAGUGUGGUCAAAUUGAACAAGCGAAAAUUCAAAAAUCAACGAGCGAUUCAACCAAACCUGCAACUUCCCCACUACGAACCUCCUCAAUUCUACCAAACCAGCGAAAAUGAGUGGGACUACGAGACUCCGCAAAAACUCAUGCGAUACGACGAUCCAAACUUGAUGUGUGCUGAAGAGCUCAACCAACUCAUCUCAUUCCAACCGAUCUCGUUCGAACCAUCAACUUCCGAGACUGUUUAUAGCGAUGAUUUUGCUGAAAAUGAGAUUAGAUCUAGGCUGAAUAGUUUUGCUGAACAUCGAGAUUUCGGGGAGGAUUUUCAGGCUUAUCAGACUUCUGAUUUCUAUGUGGAUCAGUGUUUAAACCUGAAUCGGGGGAGGAAGAUGACAUUUACGGAGGUGGAUGUUACUACGAUUUUUGAUGAUGCAAAUUGUUUAUGUGUGAGUUGAGGGCAAAAAAAACUACAAGGCUCCGCAUUUACGCCACUAACCUUAAAUUUGCCUUGACGAUUUCAAAGAUUUGAAAUUUUCAAAAUGAUGAGAAAUCAAAAUGAAUCUCUUGGAACGUGAAAAAAUUAGGUCACGGAAAAUUUUUUUUUUGAAAUUUAAUUUAGUUUUAAUAUUGGAUGUUUUCUAAAAAGAGUUCAAAAAUCUGCCACGUCAUAACUCACAGCAAUUUUCCAGCCCUUCAAAAUCUCCGACCUCCGCCAAUUCGACCACCGCGAAUACACCACCCGCAAACGCCCCGAAUACACCAUCAUCCUCAACUACAUCACCAAAUUCCCCGAAUUCAAUCAAUUCUCCGUGUCCGAGAAGAGCAUUCUCUACCGAACCGCAAUCGGUGUCGAUCUUUUGGCCGAUCAGAUGUUCUACUCUGACGCGUUGUUCAAAAAAUCGGAUGUUAUGGUUCUGACAAACGGCUGGUUCAUCAAUAUGAAUCCACUACCAACGCCGGAAUCCGAGAAGUUUUCGGGGAAUUUUUUGUCGGAUGAUGAUUUUCGAAAGUAUGAGUGAGUUGGGCUGAAUCUCAGGCUUAAAUUCCAGCCAAAAUGUUGUUUUGCAGAUGGUGGAUGAAUAUGAAACGGCGACAAUGGUUGAAUGUUGUACAACCAUUGAAGCGACUAAAUUUAUCAUUCACCGAAUUCUCGCUCUUCAAAGCCAUGAUUAUUUGGCAUCACAGUAAGUAGAUCUUCUCUCCGCUUCACUUUAGAAAAAAAAACCUUCCAGACUACUUCAAAUUAACCGAAUCGGGUCGUCGAAUCUGCGAACGUCAACGCGAUCUGAUCCUCAAAUCGCUUCUCGUCAUCUGCGCCGACGAGGGCUACGACAAUCCGCAAUUACGGGUGGCCGAUCUGAUCACAGCUAUGUCUUGUAUAAUGAUCGAGAUUCAUGAGAUGCUUGCAAAUUAUAUCGAGGGAACCAUGUUCGACAUGAUCAUUGAUCCAACUUUGACUAAUAUUAUCAGUUAUCAAUACUAA